AUGAUCAAGAAAACGUCAAUAUAUAGCCAUCCAUUAGUUCAUCACUUAAUGGAUUCAGGAACUCAAAAAGAGAAGAGAGAUGAUGACAGCAAGAAAGUGGUUGCAGAGAUCAUGGCAAGAUGUUUUGUUCCAAGUUUAAUAACAACCACCUCCUGGGAGGGAUUUCAUUUUGUUGGUCAUGAGAUUCGAAUUACUGAAGCCAUGGAUUCUUACGGUGCUGUCGUUUGGCCAUCGGCCCUUGUUCUAUGCUAUUUUCUGGAAACAAAUGUAAAGCACUAUAAUAUGGUUGACAAAAAUGUGAUUGAAAUUGGAGCUGGAACAGGGCUGGUCUCCAUCGUGGCAAGUUUACUUGGUGCACAUGUGACUGCCACAGAUUUACCUGAAUUACUUGGAAACCUGCAAUAUAAUAUUUCCCGAAACACCAAAAUGAAAUGUAAGCAUUUGCCUCAGGUUAAAGAACUCUCCUGGGGUGUAGCUUUAGAUGAGAACUUCCCCAGAUCUUCCAACAAUUUUGACUACAUCCUGGCAGCUGAUGUUGUCUACGCUCAUCCUUUCCUGGAAGAACUCCUCAUUACCUUUGACCAUCUGUGCAAAGAAACUACCGUCAUCCUCUGGGUCAUGAAAUUCAGGUUGGAGAAAGAAAAUAAAUUUGUAGAUAGAUUUAAGGAGUUAUUUGACCUGGAGGAGAUUUCCAGUUUCCCCAGCCUGAAUAUUAAGUUGUAUAAAGCUGUGAAGAAAAGCCGGAGGAGUGCAAGGAAAGGAAAGGUGGUUUCCAGAAGAGUGUUCCUUUAAAGAAGACCCUGGAUGAUCUGAUGUAGCAGUGACUUUCCCAAGUCACUUGCCUCAUACACUUGCCUCACCCCAGACAGGAAUUUUCCCACAUAUAGCACCUGAGUCUAGAAGAUGGCUAAGCCGUACCGUGUGGUCAUUGGUUAGGACACAGUCGACUUUUCUUAUCCCUCAAUAGCACCAUUUAUUAUUAUUAUCAUUUUAUUAAAUGGUACUAUUGUUUUUAA